GGAGGGCGGGCGCUCGGCGGGGGCGGCUCCUGCGGGGCGGUGGGGAGGCCGCGACGGCGACAGGGACGGGGACAGGGACAGGGACGGGGCCCGGGUCGAUCCCCCGGGGGCUGUCCGGCUCCUCCCGGCCCGAUACCAUGCUGGAGUCCAUCCGUGUGACCGACUUCUUAGAGGUAAUCUGUUGACAUCUCUCAUGGUAUCCUGUACAAGCUGGAAAUCACUGCUAUCCAGUCUGCAUUAUUAACAUGGGCUGGUGAUCCACUGGCUGCCUUACAACGAUUUCCAGCACAAAUGCGCAUUGAACAGUAUCCUCCUUCGGUUGGGAGAAGCCAGCUGUUGUUGUACAGCAAUUCCAGUAGAUGAAAUCGCAGCAUUGCUUUAAGGAUGAGAGAAAAACUUCACUGGCCUAAGCAAGAGCUUUCUAAGAAAUCAAUCCUGAGUCCAGAACGUAAGCUGAACAUUAAUAAUGAAAACAGCCUCCAGCACCUGUCUCCUGGGGUCCUUAAGGACAUUUUCACAACAGGAACCAGCAGCUACAAUGUCCUUCUUCAGAGCAAAGAAGAGAAGAAACACCACACUCAGAAGCAGUCAUCCACUCACCACAAGAAACACAGAAAAGCCACAAAGUGCUCUACCACCUCGCGAAGCAGUGAGCACCGCAAAAUCAAAGUCCCUCUGCCUUUGCCCAGCGGUGGAUGGUGCUGCACAAACAGGCAGCCCUCCAUCUUCAUCACCAGCCCGGGGUCUAACAGCAUGAAGUUUGCAAACAAUAUUUCGGUUUCAGGGAACAGCAUAGGACUGCCACCUCGGCCCAAAAGCAGAGCCAAGAGGCAUUUCAAUCAGUCAAAGCCAAAGCAAUCCCAGCCACCAAAAAGCUGUGGAAAAGAAGGAGAUGUCUCUGGCCAAAAACUCUGUCUCCUAACUGCAAUCAAGCCUUCCAAUGUGGAGAAAGAGAAAAUGAAAUUCUUCAAGUCAGAUUUCACAUACAAUCCUCAAUUUGAAUAUGCAAACCCUGCUUUGCCAAACGUGUUAGCUAAACAUAGCCAAGCAUCUGACAGAUUUCUUAAGCAGUCCAUUAACAUUAUGGAGCGGACAUUGCAGAAGUAUGGAAGCUAUGAAAAAUUUGAACAAGCCACUGGUGGCAGCUUGCUGACCAAAAGCCGCAUCUGGAAUCACGUCAGGAAAUAUAUGGUGAAAGAAGGCUGUCUUGGUGAGAUUGUGGUCCAUCUCACGGAGGACCUGCUUUCUCGAGCGUCAAUGACAGUGGUGAAUGGCCGCCCCACUCUCACUAUCAAUAUCUCCACUGCGAGAGAGCACUGGCUGGAAGGGAUGCUGAGACAUGAAAUCGGAACUCAUUAUUUUCGAGGGUUUAACAACAACAGUCAGCCUUGGUGCAACUGGAAUGGACGAAGGAAACAUGGGUUGAAACCAAUUAACCCUACAGAAGAAGGGCUAGCGAGCAUUCACAGCGUCCUCUUCCGCAAAGACCCUUUCCUUUGGAGGGCUGCCCUGCUCUACUACACAGUCUAUCAGGCUAGUCAAAUGUCCUUCAGCCAGCUUUUCCAGGACGUGGGGAAAUUUGUCAAGGACCCCAAUACCAGGUGGGAUUACUGUGUACGAGCCAAGAGAGGGUGGACUGACACAUCACAGCCAGGCUGUUUCAAUAAAGAUCAGGUGUACUUAGACGGCAUCCUCCGAAUCCUGAGAUAUAGGGAGUCCAUUGAUUUCCACCUUCUGACAGCCCUCGGAAAGAUUUCAUAUGAGGAUGUGGACCGCCUGAAAGGAUUGGCUGUGAUUGAGAACAUGAGGGUACCACACUUUCUGCAAGAUCAUGCCCGCUAUAUGGAACACUUGGAAAAGAUUAUGGAAGUCAAUGAGCUGACUGAUGAGGAGCUCCAGGAUCUCAUAAAUUAACAGUAUUAUUCAACCAUUCACUCUGUGAAACUGAGGAUGUAGAAGAGGACUUCUCAGAGUUUACAAGAAUGGACUUACAAGGGGUGGGGCAGGAGGGAAGGGUGCCUAGAAUACAUGGAAUUCAGAAAAUGUCCCUUUAUGUUCCUUUUGCAUUGUGGUUAUAUACUGUUGUGUUUUGUUUUGUGUUUUUUUUUUUUUUCAUUUUCUAAGUUUGUGUAUUUUUUUUUUUAAGUUUGGCUUCGGAAUUCCUUUGCAGUGAUCUGUCCAGUUAUCUACUCUAUUUUGUAGGCUAGACAUAGUGCUUGACACUUUCUUUUGUAACAUACUACCUUUUCCCAUCCAGAUUUAGAGGUGGAAGAAAAGAGAAAGGGGAGAUUCCCCUUUUGUCUAUUCAUAUAUGCUCUGUCUUUAGUCAGCUUUCACAGCUCAUGAUGAUUGCACUGUUGUAUAUUAUGCUACAUCACUGCACAACUCUUUCCUAUUUGGUCAUCACUGCAACAACAGCAACAAAAAGUAAAGAAGUAAUCACAGUGCACAGAAGCAGGUCUUUGUGCAAUAGGAUUAAAGCUCUGAUCAAAAGCUAUAAAAAGUUUGAUUUUUUCACUAGGAGAUUUAGCAUUAAAAGAAAAAAAGUAUCACUGCUUUGAUGACUGUAAACAGGUAGCAAAGUUAUCAUCUUUAUCCCACCGGUUUGUAACACUGUUCUACGUCUUUAUCUGUACAGUAUGUGUUUCAAUAAGUUGAAUUCUGGAAAGGGUCAUCCUGCUUUGAGGAUAAGUAUAGCAUGGCUAGUGAGUUCAGUAUGGUAGCAUUUUGGGAAGAGGCUUGGGCAGAACUGGGAUUUUGUGACCUUUGUUAUAAAUAAAUUUGGGAAUACAGGAACAUAAGUCAGCACAGCAGACAACACCCACUUCUUCUGCAGGUCACCUGAGCCUACAGAGGAUCAAGUCACUUUUUGAGCAGCAUCAGGCCUCCAAGCUGCAGAAAGCUUGAGCUUGCAGAGCUCAGUGCAGAAAUGAGACAUGGAUGGGGAGAAAAAAACAACUCACAAGUGCCCUGUUCCUGUGUUCCAAUAGAAGUGCUACACCACUUCAAGCAAACUUACCUCUGUUUUAAUUGCUGGUGCUACAUCCAGACACAUGUACAGAAAGUAUGUUACUGUAAAGCAUGGAUAGUCAAAUGAUAAAUAGCUUAUGUGACGCAGGAAGACUUACUACAUAGACUACAUUUUCUGAAUCCAGAGUAUUAUGGCAUUGUCAAGGCAAACUGAGUUUUGCAUCUGUAAGUACUUUGACAAAGAGUUUAAUUUUAGUAGAUAGUAUUUUACCAGGGUAAAUCUGAACUCUUAGGAAGCUGCUAUGGUACAAGAGGCUGGGCAAGAACAGGGGAGGGCCUUGGAGGAGCCUCUGUUGUUUCUUCCCCUACUUCAUUGUCCCACAGAUAACAGGCCCAGCAUUGGAGGAGGCAGGUAGAUGGAACCACUGUUUCCUCCAUGCCACAUUGCAUGGGUUUGAGCCCUGGCAUCCCUAUCUUCCCCAUUUAUCCUUCAAUAAAAAGGAUGGAAUAACCCUCCCACCUUCCCCAGCCUUAUUUUACACCCAGGACAUUAACAGCCAUGACAGCAAAAUCCUGAGAACGUUUCAUGAUAGGAAAAUAGUGAAAUCCAGGAGGAAAAGUUCUCAGUUGGCUAAGAGGUCUGAAGGUUUUUGAGUAAUGCCAUGAAACCAGAUGCCUUUUAGCUAGUAUUGCAGUGUGCUUGCAGCAGCUGGCUGACUGCUUCAAAAACUAAGAUGCACUCAACAAACAUAAAUUUACUAAAUUUGGUUAUUUUCAAGGCAAGGACCAAGAACUCCUCACAGCAGCCUUAAUUUUGUAUUGUCAGUGUUGUUCACGAUCUGAAAUCCUUUCAGCCUCUGUAUGCUGAAAUAAAAUCCCUUUUUCUCCCCCUCAGACCGUCUAGUUUAGUCACUUGUAGCUUUGCCUGCACAGCCUUGUUUUAGAACUGAACCGAGCAGACAGCCUGAUGGGGUCAUCUUGCAGUCCUGCACCCAUGCUAUCUGGAUUCAGAUUUGGACUCUUUGCCGGAAGUAGAAAGAAAGCCAGAUGUGGCUGAGGUCAAGUCAAAGUUCACAGUCAAAAGCCAUCUUUGGAGUAAAUCACAUAGAGAUCAUUUGAGCUCAUUGCGCUCACUUUGCAGAUACAGGGGUACAUAAGAGGGCCAGGCCUUCACGAAAAAGACAGUUUUGAAUUGGUAUUUUCUUACUAUAGAGAAUUUCUUGCCUUUGUUUACUUCUACACCAAGUGCUUUGUCCCUUACCCCAGUACUUGUGUGUUAUGAACUAUGGAUAUUUACUGUCCCAGGUCCCUGGAACCAGGAGGCCGUGCUAGCCACCCUGCUUUGCCGCAGGAUACCAUGCCCACCGCCCUUCCUCCAGCAGCCACUUCGCUCUUCCACUGCCCUGUAGCCCUAAAUGCUACUGCAGGCCUUUUUGCUUUACUUCAAAACCGGUCUCCUUUUCCCCAAAGUCGUUGAACUACUUCUAUUCUCCCUUAUUCUAGAAAUAGAUUUGCCUAGUGCAAGGUUUGUCUGGAAGUGGUCACUAUAAAGAUAUUACUGUAGCUGUAGACGAAAAACCUGCCAGCUUCUGUUUUCAGUGUCAGAUUUGUCCUUGCUCCUUUGUAAGUAUUUCAAAUUUUGAAGUGUAGCUUUUGUAAGUUUUCCUGAAUUUCCCGCCCUACACACUGUGAAUAGCCUGGUUACUAAAUUAUGGUACUGAAGUUCUGUAAUAAAGUUUUUGGACAGCAGUGCAUGUGAGCUUAUGUCACUACCAAGUUUCGUGAUGUCAGUGAUGUGACAGUGCCUUUUGUAGCUGUCUGGUCCAGUUGCUUUGCUGUAUGGAUGUCUCACUACUUCUGUGUUGUUCCUAUACAGAAAGGUGGCCAACAUUGGGAAAGCCACCGUGCUUCACCAGACCCGUUUUGAGGG